ACGCGCGGUUGUUUGCAUAACAGAAAAUAAUCAGUGUAAGAGUAGCCUUUGUUCUUUUGCAUGAAUUCCUGUGUAAUGUUUAAUGCAUGGCACAGCUGAUUGGCCCCGUCCCCCCACCCCCUGUCCAGGCGCGUGAAGUGCUCCUUUUGCAACCUGGUUAGCGGUAAGAGGAGAUGAGAUAGGAAAACAGGCGGAUCCCCUCCCCGGUGAGACGUAACAGUGUUCAUUACAGAGCCGCGCGCAGACAUACGACCACCAACACCACAGCCACCACCACCACCACCGACAGAAAAGGUUUGGAGGAUGAGCAUAAUAAACCCCUCGGUUGCGAUUUAAAUAUCUGUGUGUGGUGGGGGCUGAUCUGUUCUUGCUCGGGAGGAGGUUCCUGUGUCGCGGGAACGUUUAACUGGAGGCGCUGAGUUUCUAUUAAAUCCCCACAGUGCAGUGCGCCGCAGCUCAGUGCGCGCGCCGGGAGCGUCGGAGGCGCGUCAGGUUCAAAACACUUUUCCUGUCCACGAGCUGGGACGUGACUCUUUUUUUGGACGCUUGUUAGACAUUAGGAUAUUCACGAGCAUCUUUCCAUGCCCUCAGAGGAGAUACUGAACACUUCGGGGAGACAGAAUGAGGAGGACGGUUGCGUGCGCACUCGCUCUGCUUUUGUGCUUUAGGUUUUCUUUAGCGGAAUGAAGGUGAAUAAUUCCGAAACCUUCUCCAGAUUCAUCUCUUCACUCUGACCGGAUUUUAACGUUUGGAUAAAAAAAAGUGUUUGAUUUUUUUCACACUUCGGACUAACCGGUGAUGUUUUCCUCACCGCCCGAGACUAUGAGGCUCGUCGUCACCCGUAGAGUCUUUUUCUUAUUUUUGUUAUUCCAGAGUCCUCGGGUAAUCGCGUCCAUAAUUACAGGAACUGAGGCGAGCUGUGACAACGAAGGAGAGGUGUUACACAUCCCCAACAUCACCGACAACCCCUGCAUCUCCUGCGUCUGUCUGAACAAUAAAGCAGACUGUAAGCAGGAGAAAUGCCCCCUAGUGGCAGACGACUGCGCGUUGGUGGUGAAACAGACCGGAGCCUGCUGCGAAAGAUGCAAAGGCUGUCAGCUGGAAGGAAAGUCCUAUAACAGCUCGUAUUCAUGGUCGACCCCGACCAAGCCGUGCAUCACACGCCGGUGUCAGGAAGGUGUAAUAACCGAAGCAGAAAUGCAGUGUGUGGUUCCCUGCAAGAAUCCCAAAAUCCAUCCCAAGAAGUGUUGCCCUUCCUGCCCAGGUUGUAUUUUCGAGGGUCGCUUGUAUAAAGAGAGAGAAGAGUUUCACCCUGAGGGGAAGCCCUGCAUCAAAUGCAUGUGCACCGGAAGCCGAACGAUGUGCCAUAGGGAGGUUUGUCCUGUUCUGUCUUGCCCAUCCCACCUGAGCCAAACCCCUCCAGGCCAGUGCUGCCCCAGGUGUCAGGGUCAGAGGAAGGUGUUUGACUUGUCCCUGGGCAGCUGCUUAUUCCACAGUGAGGUCUACGAGAACGAUACAUCCUUCAGCUUAGAUAACUGUACGAUGUGCACCUGUCUGGACUCUACAGUGGUGUGUAGGAAACGCUGCUCUCCAGCUGGAAGCUGCCAGGGCAGCCAGUGCUGCCCUGAGUGUCUCUCUUACCUGAAGACAGAGGACAUCAAAUACUGCAGGGUGAAAAACAAGAUCUACAGGGAUGGGGAUCGCUGGUCAUCUGUGAACUGCACAUUAUGUACCUGUGUGAAGGGGAACAUUGAGUGCCAGCCUAAACACUGUGUGCCAGUCACCAGCUGUCCUGCGAAUAAGAUACUGAACCGGACGGGCUGCUGUCCUGUUUGCACUGAAAAGCCAGGUGUGUGCACUGUAUUUGGAGACCCCCAUUACAACACAUUCGAUGGGCGCACCUUCAACUUCCAGGGCACGUGUCAGUACGUUCUGACCAAGGAUUGCACGUCAGCGAGCGGCUUUACUGUCUUGGUGAAGAAUGACGCUCGAAAAACACGCUCCUUCUCCUGGACCAAGUCGGUGGAGCUGCGUAUGAUGGGGAUGACCGUGAGCCUUCACCAGCACUUAACAGUGCGACAGAACGGCACGCGUGUCGCCCUGCCUUUCCACAGCACCGGCGUACACAUCGACCUUGACGGAUACCUGCUGAAACUCACCACCAUCAUAGGUCUGGAGAUCACAUGGGACGGUGACAGUCUGGUGGAAGUGGUGGCUGCUCCUCACCUGAAGAAUCGACUCUGUGGUCUGUGCGGUAACUAUAACGGUCACAGGAGGGACGACUCAGUGGGCAGUGAUGGCCAGUUCAAGUACGACGUAGAUGAGUUUGCAGAGUCGUGGCGUGUGGAUGGUAACGAGGUGUGUGAGCAGCCUCCCCGCAGGCCCACGCCGUUCCUCUGCCCCGGCUCGGUCAAGGUGAAGAUCCGUGCUCACCGCUCCUGCCACAAACUCAAAUCCUGGGAGUUUCAGAAAUGCCACUCUGUGGUCGACUUCGCUCCUUUCUACAGGUCAUGUGUUACAGACAUGUGCGAGUGCCCUGUACAUAAGAACUGCUACUGCGAGUCCUUUAUCGCCUACAGCCGGGCGUGUGAGAGAGAGGGAGCGCCUGUGCUCUGGAGACCUGAACAGUCUUGUAUAACCACACAAUGCCGACAGGGCGCUGUGUACGAUACCUGCGGCCCUGGCUGCACCAAAACCUGCGACAACUGGAACGAGAUUGGCCCUUGCAACAAACCCUGCGUGGCAGGCUGCCACUGUCCGGCUAACUUGGUGCUCAGCCAGGGCCACUGUAUUAAACCCAUGUCCUGCCCUGGCCGGUGACCCGAGUGACUCCGGCGACCCUGCAGACUUUAUCUUAUCUGCAGGUGAGAGGCCAAAGACACACAAAAACCCUCACAGGGGGACUGGAUCAUUUGUGAGCCCAUGUUAACUCUUCAUGCAUUGGGAGAGCGGGAAGUGCAAGUGUGAGCCCUGACCUCCUCGCACAGCCCGAGCCGCAGUAAAAGGACCUCGUCUUCUGCCACGUCGUUUACUGAACGGACGUACGAGCGAGCUGCUCUUGUUCAUAUUCGGUUUGGGACACGGUAGGGGGAAAGACACCAACUGGACGCUCAAACGAAGACUGAAAAAAAAAGGGACUUGUACAAAACUCUAAUUUUAUUAACACCGACUUAAAUGGAACUAUUUAUGUAUUUACUUGUUCAUUUAGAUGUGUUUAUUUUGUAUCUGCUGUGCCUGAGGAGGAGCACUAACAUGACUGGUCAAAACGCUCACAGAGAAAAGUACUGUAUUUCUGAAA